UGGGCCGGCGGCUGUUGAUACCGUCGUGAAUCCUGUCAUAUGCACAGCAGGCCGAUCAUCAUCGCCAUCGCCAUCGCCAUAAUCAUCAAGUCUUCAGGUUCAAACCACUGUCUGUGACCGUUGCUUUUCCUGCUGUCACCCUUUGGCCAUCCAGCCCAGCCCAAGGCCCCAUCCAGCCAGCCCAGCCCAGCCCAGCCCAACGUGCUCAAUCCCUGCUGCCUGUGGAAAGUACUCGGCACGCAGUCCUGGAGAUGAAGGGAGCAGGCAAGGGUGCCGGUGCUGGUGCUGAUGAUUCUGCUGCGUCAAUCCAGCUAGCUACAGCUCCAUCUAUCCACCCCAAGAGAAAGAGAGAGAAAAGCUGACCACCAGCAGCAAUUGUCAGAAUGAGCUGCCCACACACACACUGUCUCCCCCCGUCUCUCCCCACCCAAAGGAUCUGAGUCCCUCCGCCUCCGAAGGUCCCCAUUCGUGGCCCUGCGAGUCCAGCCUGCCAGCCUGCUCAUCAUCUGGCAAAAAGGACCACCGUAUGGAGAAAGGCCCAAGAUCCGCCCUCGCAUCUCAAUCAAGCUAGGGGUCAUCCGCAGAUCCCGCGCCAUUGGCCAUCUGUUCGUGUGUUGGCAGAUGUGACGGCGUGUGAUGCAACGCCAGUCCAUGCAUCCAAAUUACAGACAAGAACGGGUCUGCGGAUGUGAUGCUCGGUCGAACCACCACCUACCGUUUUUACUGUUUGACCACCUCGGCAGCCGUUGCCAGCCUGCCAGCCUGCCAGCCUGCAUCUCCCUAGGGAUGUCCUCUUCGUGACGACAGUUCUGCCAUUCCGGCCUGCCGCCGGGCUGCCGCAUCAAUUAAACUUUCCGACGUGCCCUGGCCCAUGCUUGACCUUUUUUGCAUCUCAGAUCGUGGUAGCUGCCUCGUGGUUAUGCUGCUUCACACAUUUGGGCACCUGCAUGGAGAACAUGCCAUUGUUUCAAAGGGCUGCUUCGCAAAGAUGGUUGCAGAAAGUCCCGGCUUGCACGCUGGGACUCGCCCGACAGCACUGCAUUGACAAGCUAAAGAGGACGUGCUGGACUCUGGCGCUUAUAUCGUAGUAUCGUCCAGUGUUGACCCGAUAGAGAACAGGACGUCAUUCCUGAAAAGGAUACGCUAAGCCAAGGCACGGGUAGGAAGGGGAUGAUUGCGCAGGGGAGCCAUCCCCAGGGGAGGUAUACCAAGCAUGCUAUCCAUCUGCUGCAUGUGGGCUAGACUGGCAAGACUGGCCCUGUGGGCACCGCCGGGUUCCUGAAGCGCGCGUCAACGGGCCCGCCUUAGCGCAGCAGAGGUCGCACGGGAGCAGGCGCCAUUGGCUGGGUGGGCCCUGUUUGAACCCACCCUCGGUUUUCUUCAGUGACUUUUUUCGCAUCCUCGACCUCAUGCACACUGGUGCGCGCACAGCACAACGCCCGUCAAAACCGAGCAAAAAGAUGCCUCCCAAGAGCAAGGUGACCGCUCGGGCCAAGCCCAGGCCCCGGACCCCUGUGGCAGAUCUGCCUUCUGCGUCAGAAUCCGAAAUCGACAAUGAUAGCGACGGCGCCAGCGGUGUUGGUGAGAGUGAAGAUGAGAGUGAGAGCGGGAGUGAGGCCGGGGCAAGCGUGAGCACUGGGAGCGAUGCCCAGUCACAUCCGGACUCAGACUCGGACUCGGACUCUCUGGACAGCGAUGCCCCUCGAAAGAGACGCAAACGCUCCCCAAAACAAGACCAAGAGGAGGAUGAAAGCGACCUGGAUGAUCUGCCAAAGGCACCUGUGUCGUUCAGCGCACCCUCACGCAUAAGGCGCAAGGCUGCGGAUGAGCCUGCGCCCAAGCCUGCCGUUGUCCAGAGCGUUUCGAAAGACGUGGUCAUCGGCACAGGUACUACGGCACCAAUAGACCCUCAUACAACUUUUGAUUCUCUGGGUGUUCAGCCGUGGUUGGUGCAGUCUUUGGCCAACAUGGCCAUCAAACGGCCCACCGGGAUUCAAAAGGGUUGCAUCCCCGAGAUAUUGAAGGGGAGGGACUGUAUCGGUGGCAGUAGGACGGGUUCAGGAAAGACAGUCGCGUUCGCGGUUCCCAUCCUCCAGAGAUGGGCGCAGGACCCAUCUGCUAUCUACGGGCUUGUGCUGACACCAACUCGAGAACUGGCACUGCAGCUAUAUGAGCAGUUCAAGGCCAUCUCUUCACCCCAGACGCUCAAGGCCCUCCUGAUCACCGGUGGUGCCGACAUGCGGACCCAGGCGAUAGCACUGGCAGAACGUCCGCACAUCGUCAUCGCAACCCCCGGCCGCCUGGCAGACCACAUCCGUACCUCUGGCGAGGACACCAUCUGCGGCCUCCGGCGCGUCAGGUUCCUCGUGCUCGACGAGGCAGACCGCCUGCUCUCGGCGGACGGCCCGGGCAGCAUGCUGCCGGACGUCGAGGAGUGUCUCGAUGUCCUGCCCCCGUCGUCCCAGCGCCAGACGCUCCUCUUCACCGCUACCGUGACCCCAGAGGUGCGCGCGCUCAAGGAGAUGCCGACCAAGCCCGGCAAACAGCCAGUGUUCGUGUGCGAGGUCGACACGGAGACGCUGGCGAUCCCGCCGUCGCUCAGGCAGCUGCACAUCCAGGUGCCCGUGACGCACCGCGAGCACUACCUGCACGAGUUCCUCAAGACCGAGGGCAACAAGGACAAGCUCACCAUCAUAUUCUGCAACCGCACCGACACGGCCAGGUACCUCCACCACCUGUUGCACCUGCUCGAGCACCCAGUCACCUCGCUGCACUCCAAGCUGCCGCAGCGGCAGCGCGUCGACAACCUCAGCCGCUUCCGGGCGGGCGCGUCGCGCAUCCUCGUGGCCACGGACGUCGCGGCCCGUGGUCUCGAUAUCCCCGAGGUGGCCACCGUGAUCAACUACGACCUACCGCGGGACCCGGACGUUUACAUCCACCGGGUGGGACGUACGGCUCGUGCGGGACGCAAGGGUGACGCGGUCACGUUUGUCGGGCAGAGGGACGUUGACCUCGUCCUCGCCGUGGAGGCCCGGGUGGGGCGGCAGAUGGUCAAGUGGGAGGAGGAGGGGGUCAACCUGGAGACGAGGGUGGUCCGGGAUUCGCUCAACGUCGUUGGCGAGAAGAAGCGGGAGGCCCUGCUGGACAUCGAGGAGGACAGGGAGGUCGGCAGCAAGAGGAAGCGAGGCAAGGUCAAACUCAACCGCGUCAAGGCGUGAGCCGGCUGCCAUCGUGUACAUUCAUACAUACACCAUCGUCAGAGCUACCCACCCAAUCGAGACAAAGUCCUUGCCAAGACCAUGCCUAUAGAUCAUCUUACAGAUACCUCUGCGAAGUACAAACGGCGCAUACACCUUCCCUACCACUGGCCGUCUUCCUCUGAUGUGACAGUUGCUUGGCAGCUCAGGAUCCCACAUCCCAGAACAAGACGCACAGUCGCAUUGGCCAGCUCAGAGCUGAGGAGGAUGGGAGGAUGGAGUUACAAAUACUCCGUACAGCUGAGCCUCGAUUACCCCAGGGUAACACGAUUGGGCCCCUCAGAGGGCCACACAUGAGACUUCAUCUCGACCGACCGGCCGCAAACGUGGGGCCGAAAGGAGAGGGAACGGCAGAAGAGCGUGCAUGAAUGAACCCCUGAGCUGAGGCACACAAGAAAGAUUGGGUGGAGCGGGAGAGCAGGGAUCAGGCCGUAGGGCUGGGAGAUGAUGGGAGGAAGCUGGUGUCAGAUUCAGGGGUUGGACUCCUUCAGCCCGUUUUUGGACUGCCACGUUGAUGAGAAAGAGAGAGAGAGAGAGAGUCCUGGCCAUAAUAAUAAGCAAUGGUAUUUCUUGGCCCUGGUGUGGGUUAUUUUCAGCAUCUGGGGUUUGUGCAUUGCGCGUUCGUGGUUAGAGGUAUUAUCGGCAGCACGGUCAUGAAGCCUCGGCACGACGGUACACAGUACAUGUUUCUACACCGAGCUGUCGUGAUAUCGCGGAGCAGCCAAGCAUAGUUCCAGAGCCAUGAUUGAGCCACGCGCAUGUCGUGGCGGGCGGGCGGGGCGGGCGCCGGUCCAGCCUCGGGAUGUGGCCUCUCGGUGGAGCUGCAGUACGGAGUGCGGAGUACCUCACAGUAAGUACUUGGCCACGACAGACAGACAGACAGACAUAUACACAGACAGACCGACGGCGGCGGGCUUCGGUCUUGCAGUUUCGAGGUGAUGGGGGAUGGAGAUGGCGGCCAUGGCUGGUUGGCUGGCGGCGCGUCCCCACCGCUGUAUCAACUUGACAGGUGACCGGGGUGACGAAGGCUGCCCUUUGUUCCCCAUACGAUGCAGUUGUCGGUGACGGAUGGGAACUAGCAGCAGGCAUUUUGCAUGUGCAGCGCGGCCUGCCCUGUGUCGAUCAGAGAAAGUCUAUAGGCUAAACCACGGGUGUUGGCAAACAUAGUAUGCAACACAUUGUUGACAUGGGAAGGCCAAGUCAAACACUACUGAAUCCCGCUCAUCAUACUGACAUAGAAACUGGUCGCGGGUUGUGGCCGGCGUCGGGGCAUAUGUCAGGCCCGGGGCGGUGUUGGACAGUCAGCGGGCAAAACGGUAGAUGUUAUCCCGUACCUUGCUGCUGUCAGGGCGACAGCGCACCGUCUCAGGGAUGAAGUAGGUAAGCUUUUGCGGACUGGGGCAGUAGAUUGGCGACCAGCUAUUGCGAUCUGUCAGAGGAUGUGUUGCGUCACGAGUGAAGUUGUGCCCAUCGACGCCGGUGCGCCGGUGCGCCGGGCUGGUGGGUCUGCCCGAUCCAACGAACCCUUAAAUCCGCGCCCUAGCCCAAACCCCAGCAAGCCCAGUACAUGGCGCCAGGUACCAGACGUUCGGCAGUCUGGACUAGCCCGUCCUGUAUCGCCGAGACAGCCGCGAGCUAUCACCUAAACUCGCCGACGUGACCAAAAAAAAAACCGACACAACGCCAAGCUGGGGUUAACUGAAAACUCGACUGCAAUGCGAGAUGAGUCAAACCAAAGAAGGGGCCUGGUUGACAGGCCAGUCAAUGGUGCAACUUGAGGAAAAUGAAAAUCGCAUAGGGGGAGACUGUACUGUCAGACUGUACUAUACGGUACGCCUACAUGCUUGCUUACUUAGUUGUAUGCACCGGAAUUGGUCAAUCCCAAUCCCGGGGCUGGGCGAGGCAGCGAGUCUGUGGCUUACACAGCCCAAGACGGUGACCGGAUCCGGUAAGAAACAACGAGCGCACGGGUCGGAAUAGGCAGCGCCUUGUAC